UUUCUCAGCCGGCGGUGAGCCCGGCGAAGCGGCUGCAUUACUUUUUUCUGAGCCGAGGUUGCGCGCGCAGUUCCGGCGUACGCCGCAUUGAGCCACCUCUUUCAAACCGGCUCCAAUCGGCUGCUGAAGAUAAAAGAUGGCGUCGGAUGAACAGUACAAGAAUUUCGAAGUAACUUUACAAAACGGAAAAAGUAUUCAAGGUUCAGGUGUCUCCUGAGCUUUUGGAGCACUAUAAUUCCACAGAUCCUGAUGCUAAAACUCUAGCACAAACACUUAUUGCCCAGGCUGCUCUGGAAAAGUCACAAAUUGAAGUCCAUGGUUCACCAGAAAUGGGUGAUAAGCUUCCAGACAUUACAUCAAUAGACACUGCUGGGCCUAGUGCAUCUGGCACCCCCUCACCUUCACCCAUGCCAUCUGGAUGGUCAGAAAAAGCGGAAAAUUGUUUACUGGAUUUUUUUAGAGAGGUCAGCAAGCAACCAGUCAAAAAUAAAUGGCUCAAAAUUGCAGGAAAAAUGAAAGACAUUGGAUUUGAUUAUUCUUCUGAGCAGUGCCGUCUUAAAAUCAAAUCACUGAAAGAAAGACAUGCCAGACUUUCGAAAAAGAGGUGUACAUCAGGGGAGGGUGGAGUAGAGGACGUCUUGGAAGAUAAGAUGGCAGAGACGUUCUCUACUCCAGACUGCAAGCCCCUACAUAUCUCUGAAUCUGGCAAAGGCAAUUCAGAUGCCCAGAGUUCCAGUGACACAAGUGAUGAGAAGCUGCAACCCGUUGCAAAGAAAGUGAAAAAAUGUGAACAAAGGCCAACUGUGAUGGAUAUACUGGAGAGAGCAGAGAAAGAAUCGGAAAAGCGUCACAAAGAAAAAAAUGGAAAUCAUGAAGGGAUGUCAAAAAUGGUGAAAAAGGAAUGA